CGAUUUGUCUUGAAUUAUCGCCUGGAAAGAAGCAUUCGACUCCAUCAUUUUGUUGAGAUUCUUGUCAUUUAAUCAAUCCCCAUCCUAACUUAGCUAUGAAUCCCGACUACGACUAUUUGUUUAAGCUUUUGCUUAUUGGGGAUUCUGGUGUUGGCAAAUCUUGUCUGCUUCUGAGGUUUGCUGAUGAUUCAUAUCUUGAUAGCUACAUCAGCACCAUUGGAGUUGACUUUAAAAUUCGCACUGUGGAACAAGAUGGGAAGACCAUUAAACUCCAAAUUUGGGACACUGCUGGUCAAGAACGUUUCAGGACAAUAACUAGCAGCUACUACCGUGGGGCUCAUGGGAUUAUUGUUGUUUAUGAUGUCACAGAUCAAGAGAGCUUCAACAACGUUAAGCAAUGGUUGAAUGAAAUUGAUCGCUAUGCGAGUGAAAAUGUGAACAAGCUUCUAGUUGGCAACAAAUGUGACCUUACAGCAAAUAAAGUUGUGUCCUAUGAAACAGCCAAGGCAUUUGCGGAUGAAAUUGGGAUCCCUUUUAUGGAAACAAGUGCUAAAAAUUCGACCAAUGUGGAACAAGCUUUCAUGGCCAUGGCUGCUGAAAUCAAGAAUAGGAUGGCAAGCCAACCCAUGAACAAUGCCAGGCCUCCAACAGUGCAAAUUCGGGGACAGCCCGUAAAACAGAAGUCUGGUUGCUGCUCUUCUUAAAGGGAAGAAGUAUUAGGGGUUCAUGAUGUGUCUGUGUUUAGCUGUGGCAUGUUAAACUAGUCUUAUUAAUGCUUUGAUAUGAACAAAUAUUGUUAAUUCGAUUGUCGGUACAGCACUUUGUUAAAUUCCAUUCUUUUAAUGUAUUUAAUUUUAAAAAACGAUUGUACAAAUUAGGAUAUUGGUGAAUAGCAGUACUCUCCUCUGCGACUUCUGUUUCCUCA